GCCCGGAGUCUGCAGUUUUAAAUAGUUCUUAUAUUUCCGUGCAUCCAUUACUUUGCGUUCAAUGUCUUCUGUGAACGAUUGUACAUGUGACAAGUUAAAAUCUUUCAAAAGUCCAUGGUGUGAUGCUGACUGUUUUGUUGUAAUCACAGGUGCAAGUCGUGGAUUUGGUCGGGCGUUCGCUGUAGAGCUAGUAAAGUCAAUGUCAUCUGGGGAAGACCAUGCUGCUUCCUUAAAUGUUUUACUAAUGGCUCGUGAUGUUAAUGCUCUUCGUGUAACGGAGUCUGAGAUGUAUGCUUCAUUAUCAACUAAUUCUAAAAUGAAAUUAACUAUACUAGUAUCAACAUCAUCACUUGAUAUGUCCAAUGCUAAUAAAGAUAAUUUAUUAAAUGAUUUAAAACCAUUAUUUCAAUUAAAUUCAUUAUAUCCUAUUCAAUCUAAUAUAAAAUGUCAAUGGAAUAUGCUUGUACAUAAUGCAGCUACAUUAGGUAAUAUCAAGUCAAAAUCAUAUGAAUGUUAUAAUAUUGAUAUAUUAGAUAAAUAUUAUCAUACUAAUUUAACUGCACCUAUCUUAUUAACAAAUUUAUUUAUAGAAUAUUUUAUUACUAAUCAUCAACCUAUUACUAUAGUGAAUAUAUCUAGUUUAACAGCUAUUCAACCAUUUCCAUAUAUGUCAGAUUAUUGUAUUGGUAAAUCAGCUAGAGAAAUGUAUUUUAAAUGUUUAUCUCUAGAUAAUCCAUCAUUAGCUAUAUUGAAUUAUUCUCCAGGACCAUUAAAUACAAAUAUGUUAACAGAAAUCAUAGAAAAUCAUGGUCAUCUAAAUACACGUAUUCAAUUUAAUAAUAUGAAAUUAAAUCAUCAAAUUAUUGAAUCAAAUAAAUCAGCUCAUGUAUGUAUUGAAUGGCUUAAAAAACAAAUACCAAUAGAUCCAUCUAAUAUAAAUUCUAUACCGAAAUUAAUACAUUGUUUAAUACAUGAUAAACAGUAUACCAAUUUAUGGUUAGGUAUACAUUUAGAUUAUUUUGAUGCUGUUGAGAAAGUUUAAAGAAGAAGAAGAAGAAGAAGAA